AUGAAUACUGAAUAUUAUUAUUGGAAUGAUUUUGUUCCAAUUCAAACUACAUGGGCAUGUCAGUUCUAUAAUGUAUCAUUUUUUUCUACAUCCACACUCAAUCGUUUUCUUAUGGCAUUUAUGGCAAUUGAACGUCAUUUUCUUGUUUUUCGUCAUCAACUUUAUCGAACUCGUCGUUCACGUUAUUUACUUCAUUAUUUUCCAAUAUUAAUUAUUAUUAUAUAUUCAUUUACAUAUUCGAUUUAUACAGAUAUCUUUUUAACAUGUCCACAACUACGUUUUCGUUAUACACGUUUUCUAUGUGGUUAUACAUGUUCAUUAUUAUCAAAAAAUGCAUCGACAAUGUUUUUAUGGUUUCAACUAUUUACUCCAACAGUAGUUACAUGUAUUGCAUGUUUCUUAUUACCGAUCAGAUUUCUAUUUCAAAAAAGAAAUUUACAACGUUUACAAUGGCGUCGUGCAAGAAAAAUGAUUGUACAAAUGAUUAUUAUUGCUGGUGCAUAUAUAUUAAGUUGGUUACCUUAUGCAAUUAUACUCCAACUGGCAACCAUUAAUCUUAUUUCUUUAACUAGUGACACUACUGUAGAAUAUAUGAUAUUUGAUUCUUAUGUAACAUCACUAUUAACACCAUUUAUUUGUCUUCAUACAAUAUCAGAAAGAUUAAAAUUAGAUAUUAUUAAACGAAUGAUUCGUUUUUGUUUUGUACAACGUCAAAAUACUGUUCAUGUACAAACUGCAUUAGCAACAACAAAUCAAUGUCGUACUGCAAAACCUCCGAAUAUUUUACCACAAAAAAGAACAUCAUGUGGAAGUUGA